AUGGCUUGUGCGGACCCUCAGAAGGUUCUUUAUGGUACUCACAUGUUGUUAGAGGAAGCAGAGUACUGGUGGGAUAAUGCUAGACAAAGAUUUAAGGCUAAUGGUAUUACGCUAACUUGGGUUAUUUUUAGGGACACAUUCUUGGAAAAAUAUUUCCCAGCUGAUGUACGUAGCAAAAAGGAGAUUGAAUUCCUUGAACUUAAGCAAGGGAAUAUGACUGUUGUAGAUUAUGCUGCUAAGUUUGAGGAUUUUUCUAGGUUCCGCCCUCACUAUAAUAUGGUGGAAGCUGAAGUGUCAAAAUGCAUUAAGUUUGAUAAUGGACUUCGCCUAGAGAUCAAACAGUUUAUUGGGUAUCAGGAAAUUCGUCAGUUCUCCGUGUUGGUCAAUAAGUAUUGUAUGUAUGAUGAAAAUAGUCGUGUUAGAUAUGCUCGUUACAAGAGUAUUAGUGAGAAGAAGAAUGGAUACCAGAGUCAUGGCAAGCCGUAUGUGACUCCAGUUGCUAAGGAGGAUCAUAAGACUCAUCAGAACACUGCAAGUGGGAAAGGAACAAGUGAAGGAAAUGCUCAUACUUCUAUUAAGUGUUUCAAGUGUGAAGAAUUAGGUCAUCGUGCUUUAGAAUGUACUUCUAUGAAGGUUUUCAAGUGUGGGAAAUCGGGACAUCAUGCUAGUGAAUGCAAGCGUGCAAUUGUGACAUGUUUCAAUUUUGGAGAGCAAGGUCAUAUUCGUACUCAGUGCCAGAAGUCGAAGCAAGCUCAAUCAAGUGGUCGAGUUUUUGCUUUGAUUUGA